AUGAUGGGGCAACCAAUUGAGGAACUUGCUGCUCCGAUCAAAACCCAGUCCCCGGAAAGCGAAGACGACGACGAGGAGCUCUCAUCUUCUUCCUCCUCUGAGGAGGAAGAGGAUGACGACCUAGAAGAGGAAGAGGAAUUAGAGAGAGAACUUGCGGAUGUUACGUUUGAGGAGCUGCAGAAAGCUAGGUCUAAUGGACCGGUGGAGGUCACUUGCAAAAAACCAGUUAGUAGGUUUCGAGAGGUCAUUCAAGCUCCUAAGAAGGUAGUACGUGAUCCUCGCUUUGAGUCGUUGUGUGGUACGCUUAAUGUGGAAGGCUAUAGGAAAAGAUACGAUUUCCUCUACGAGAGCAACCUUCCAGCCGAAAAAGAGGAACUAAAGAAGCAGCUAAGGAAAUCCAAAGACCCAGUAGCCGUCGAUCAAUUAAAGAAGCGCAUAGAGUGGACUGACAAGCAGCUGAAGUUUGACACAACAAAACAAGUGGAAUCAUCGAUUCUUAUUGAACACAAGAAGAAAGAGAGGGAGGCUGCUAAGCGAGGCAAACAGCCGUUUUAUCUCAAGAAAUCCGAAAUCAAGAAACAAAGGCUCGUCGACAAGUAUAACAAACUCAAGGCAACUGGAAAGCUUGAAUCUUUCAUUGAGAAACGGAGAAAGAAGAACGCCUCAAAGGACCACAGUAAGAGAGUGAUGGCAUCAGAGGCCUUUUUCGACUCCAAUUAUCUCUUUGCAAUGCGAUGCAUGGCAUCAGCUGAGGCCACUGGAGAUUUGGUGCAGUCUUUGAAUUCUGGGAAUAAGCUGCGGAAAGAAGGGCAUUUCCAUGAUGCAGUGACUUCCUUCCUCAAUUCGUCAUCAUGUGGCGACAUUCCAGGUUCUUCCACCACCAGUGACUCUUCCAUUGUGCAGCAAGAAACACUUUUUACCCAAAACCGAGCACAACCAUCCAAAAGAAAACAGCAACAAAGUAGUACCUCUCAGCCUAGAUUGCCGAAAAAGAAGAAGUCAACUAUUGACCCCAACAAAAGGGAGCAGCUUCCUAAUCAAAGUCAGGCACACAGAAAAAACAAAACUGAACCCAGACAAGACACUGCUCUACAACAACGACAAGCUAUGCAGCAACUGCUACUGCAGAAUCCGGUUUCCUUUCAGUCACAAGGUCAUCAUAGUCCUAUCCUGGAGACUUUGCCUCACAGGCAGAGGAGAACUUUUCAGCCAAUGCAGGAACUACCUGUUGGAGUUGACUUAAAGCAACAGCAACAGCAACAAAGCAAUGAUAUUUCAUAUUGGAGGAAGUUUGUGGCAGAAUAUUACGCUCCUUGUGCCAAGAAAAGGUGGUGUUUAUCUUCUUGUCACAGUGUUGGGCGUCAUGCUGUUGGAGUCUUCCCUCAGGCUGCUAUGGAGGCAUGGUGCUGUGAUUUAUGUGGUUCUACCUCUGGGAGAGGUUUCGAGGCAACUUUUGAAGUGCUCCCUAGACUUAACAAAAUACAGUUUGAGACUGGGGUUACGGAUGAACUUCUGUUUCUUGAAUUGCCACAAGAGUGUAGGCUUCCUUCUGGAUCAAUGGUUCUUGAAUAUGGAAAGGCAGUGCAUGAGACCGUUUACAACCAGUUCCAUAUUGUCCGUGAGGGAAAACUGCGGAUUGUCUUCACUCCUGAUUUGAAGAUAUCAUGUUGGGAAUUUUGUUCAAAAGACCAUGAAGAGCUUUUGCCACGGAGUUUAGUCACAUCUCAGGUUAAUGAUUUCCUCCGAACUGCACAAGAAUACCAGACAGCAAUUGAUGGUGGUGGACCGGGAAGGGCAUUGCCUGAUCUUCAAGAAAAUUGCCACACGUUGUUAGCAGCUGGAUGCAGUCUCGAAAAAAACUUGGAGUUGCAGCUUGCCGGUGACAUGGGUUUUCCAAAGCGAUACAUUCGUUGCUUGCAGAUUGCGGAAAUAGUUAACAGUAUGAAAGACUUGAUGACCUUCAGCUGGCAGAACAAAACUGGAGCUAUUGAGAGCUUGAAGAGUUAUACCAAGAAGUUCUCCUUGGACGCUCGGGCACAAACCCAAGAGGAACUGGACUCGCUAGCAAAGGAGACAAGUCAGCAAUUGUCAUCUUCGCAUUGCCAAGGGAUCAUGAAUAAGGCGAAUGGUGGAGUCUUUCCAAACUCUGACGAGGGAACGUUGGCUGAUUAUGGAAGCUACGGUAAAUUACUGAGUCAGGCAUCCAACUCAGCCAUGGCUAGACUCGGGGAACCCUCUUACCUAUACAAACAGUUCAAUCAAGCCCCUUCCCCCAAGCCACUCCGAGGUUCUCCUCCCUCUGAAAGCAGUCCAGUACAAGAGCAUAUUAUGAAGCUACUUCAAGGAACAAGCAAUAAGAGCCAAAACCUCGGUUGGACUGAGAGGGAGGUAGUAAACCAUACCAUCUAUGACAUGCUUGCUGGUUUUCCAGCAACUUCGAAUACCAUGGAUGCUUCUGGUUCAAGCAAUAGAUUGCCUUCUGACGAUUGCGCUUCUUCGGCUGCCACUUCUUCAGGAGGAAGCAAACUUGCUGGCUUCCUGGGGAAGACAAGAAACAGUUGGGAGUCUUCUAGUCGUUAUGCAGAUCCCAGUUUCACCAGCAGCAACAAGGGAAGAAGUUCUCUGGAAAGGCUUGGUCCAUCCAAUGAACAUGACUUGUUCCGUAAGUUACUUGAGAAUGGAAUGUCCGAUGGUGCUUUUGGUGACUCCAUGACCUUUGGCUGGAAGUGAUGAAGCAUAGCUAUUCUGCCCUUUUUGCUCUAGUAGGAACAGAACUCUAGUGAAAAGCUAUACUAUGGAAAUUUUAGGAAAAAGGCUUCAGAUAGUAUGAUCUGAAGAUAAAUUUAGGACCCCUUUUGGCAGAAGUACUUAGUUUUGGAGACUAGAAUGCUGUUGUACAUGGUUCUUAUUUGGUGCACAAACUGUAAAUCGAUAGCAUCACAACAGUUAGAUGUUCAGAUAUGGAAGUUCUUUUCUCCAGUAAUCAAAAUGAACUGAAAGAAUUACAUUGUAUUCGACUGACCAACUGACAAACAAUACAAAACCGGACUAUACACAUUGCUCUACUUGAACACAUAUAUGACACGGGAUGAUGAGCUAUUUCUUCUCCUAAAACUAUCUUCUCUCGCUGCUACUAUCAUCAAAAGGUAUGAAUGCGCCUCAAAAAUGCUUCAACCUUUCUCUAAAUUUACAUGGGAAUACAAGUACAGUGUCCAAACACAGACCACCCUUUGUGUGUGUGCAAUCGAUCUGUGUCAUUGAGAACUUCAGCUUCUUCAUUGACGCAUCAUUAUCUUUGUGGACAACGAAAUCACCAGCAUGGUACAGGUUCCACUUCCCAGUAUCAUUCAAAAACCGCUGUGAAGAUGCAUAUUGACCAUCCGAAGUCCACAGUUCAAACCGAACCGGUUUUUUAUCCCAACCGUGGACAUGCUCGGUGUUGCAGAUCCUCCGACCGAACCUCUUAGCAGUUCGACCCAGCUGUAGCCUGAAAAACAGACUGUAGGUACCUGCUGGGAAUGGGAACUCGAACUCUCCACUGACCUCGAACCACCAUAUCUGCUGAAGAUAUGCAACAGAGGAGAAUCUGUAGAAGAAGGGAAGCUUAGAUUAGCUACAGCACUAAGCUCGAACUAGAACCAUCAAUGGUAUUGAAACUCUACAAGAUACGAAGAUUUUGGUUGAAGCCCUCACCUUGACUCCUCAGUUGGAAUAUGGUUCCAGUAUCGGCGAUCAUCGAUGCCGGUUAUCAUCAAGCCCUUGGAAGCGAGGGAUAGACAGACGCCACCAGUGGUUUUGUCUAGCCAGACUUUCUGCACAACAACAAUUGUAUUGGCGGCGCAAAGUCUGGUGUAAAUCUCUCUCUUGCUAAUCCUCUUCCCAUCGGCGUUGCCAACGCCCAACACUCUCUCCAUAAGGUCCCGAUAAUUCUCCGGCAACUUGGACUCCCACACGAAAUCAGCCCAAGACGCGCCGCGACACGCCCUGUUGAGCGUCGCCAGUUUGCAAAUCUCGACGGGAUCCAAAUUAGCGAGAAUCGGCGCCACACAGCUCUCCGGCAAGUCGCCCAGGGUCGGCCUCCGCGGCGGCUGUUGGAUUGGAGGGGAAAAGGCGCCGAACAGAGAGCAAGUCGUCGCCGGAUCCAUGAAAAUCGAUGAGAAGUUGGCACCCAUCAAGACCCAGAAGAGGAAAACAGGUGGGGAACCUAGAAACUUCGAUUCAGAAGAGGGCUUUCCCAAUUAAGCUACGGAAAGGGAACACGGAAUCGACAGUAUAUGAAAUGAAGGGGCGCAAUAGGCAGAACCGAAGGAGAGGUGUCAAAAGGUAGAGGAAUGGGUAUUUGUAAGCGAGACGCGUAUAGAAAUUGCACAGAGAGACCCCGCACCCAAUU